AUGUCGAUCCCGAACGAAGCUCUCCAAAAACUCCUCCAAGAGAUCGAGGCCCGCGCUAUAGCCUCGCAGCAACAAAUCAGUCUCACCAAGUCCCAAAUGACAGCCAAGCAGCGCGACGUGCGCAUGCUCCAGCUGACAUCGAAAGAGUUGUCCGAGUUACCGGCGAAUACGGGUGUCUAUGAGGGUGUGGGCAAGAUACUAACGGUAGAGAAAAACAGGUUUGUCAACGUCCCCAUCGAUGCAGUGAACAAGCGUCUUGCACGCGAGAGCUCCGAGGCUACGGCGGAAAUCUCCAAUCUCGAGAAGAAGCUUCACUACCAUGAGACGACGCAUAAGAACAGUCGGGAGAACUUGGAGCAGAUUCUCAAGUCUGGAGGGAGGGCUUGA